ACAGAUGGACUUAGCGCUCAGAUCUUCAGAGGAGUAAACCUGUUUGUGUGCCUCGUGUUGUUGUUGUUGUUGCUCGGGAACGAACACAAAUAAAGAGGCGUUAUCUCAAAGUCAAGCGUUGACAGAAUGUCAGUCAUUCUGCAGCAGGAACAAUUAGAACACACGUUAUGGAUUAGCUGUCUGUGCUCUGUUUGCUCUUCUCCCACAUCUGUGUGCGGUUCGAUUUCCUCUCAGUGCACUGUCCCUGGAAUAAAGAAUAUAAGGAAAUGACCUGCUGAGUUCUCUGGGGUAUUAAACAUAAAUCAGCAUGUCGUCUUGUGAUGGGGCUUUCUCACUUCCAUUUACAGCCUUUACUGACUCGUGUGACAAAGUUCCUCUGGAGACAGACUUUUUCUGAUUUCACCUCCUUAUCACCUUAUCUCUGGUGAGUUUGAAGUUCGAGAUUGAGGGUGUGAUGUUGAAUAUUGUCACUGCUUAUGUCCCCACAAGUUGGUUGUCAGUUGGGAGACAAAAGGAGUUCUGAAGUAAGUGGUAGUGUAAGUGGGGAUUGGAGGGGAGUCUGGAGGAAGGGGCCUGGACCUUUUGAAUUCAAAAUGUAGCUCCAUCCCUACCUUUAAAGAGAGGAAUGUUAUCAUUAUGGUCUGCUGUGGCUGAGUCACUGUUCGUGAUCGGUCAUACAUCAGUCAUACGCGCCAACUCCAGAGGCUCGUUAGUGUCACCUGCAGACCAUAAUGGCCGCUGGAACAAGGACACUAAAGUGAUCAACGGGAACAUUAUCUGGAACCUUGAAGUCAUUAUGAUUAUAAUGACGGAUCGGAAUCAGUCAUCCUGGCUGAAGUAUGAUACAGUCACUUGUCUUAAGGGUGCACACCUUCACGUGUCCACGAUCAACUGGCAGGAAGUGUAAAACUUUGGCAGAAAGAGUUCAAAACGUUUAAUGUUCAGUAUGUUAUAGACAGAAGAGAAGAGGCCAUGCAUGUGUGUGUGAGAUACAGAGAGUGGAUUUGCUGACUGGUCCGGUGGCUGCAGUAACGUUCCCCGCUUACACAAGCUACUUUGGCACGCGUUAAUCCACUAAUCUCACUCUCAGUUAACAUUUCAUUGGCUGAUGUGUGCGUUGAAAUUAAUGUUGCUACCAGAAUAGAUUGAGAGCAGCAGGAGUGAGAUGAUCGCUGGAAUUGAAAACUGACAAAGAGUGGAUCGACCUCCCUGUGGAAGUGACCACAUGAGCACCACAUGCCAACCUAUAGAUGUUUAAUGUAAUUAAUGCUCCACUUUACACUCAUAUAUGAACGAGUAAGUCAAUGAUCUGCAGAGUCAUUAGUAGGUGCAGCUCCACUUGCAGGAGUCGUCCAGUAGAGAGCAGUGCAGCGACAGAUCAUUUCUAAUAAAAUACUGCUUUUAUUGUGUAAAGGAAAAAAAAUAAAUAAAUACCCUAUUUGCACAAGAUGAACUUGUCUACGACGCUCUUUAAAACUCACAAUAUACAGUAUAAUCUCAGUCUAAUCUGUCGUGUUGAGACAGUUGAGAUUAACUAUAACAUAUGCAGAUACACGUACAGUAUACUUUUACUUUUGACUUGAACGAAAACAAACACACUCAGUCCUUUCUGUGCCAAGACACUGUCAGAUUUGCAUAGGUGGCAGAAGGUGGGACCAAAUCCCUCGCGGGGCCCAGGACUGAUUAAUGAUUACAGGGGAUUAGGAGGAGGGUCAGAACCUGGUUACUACAGUCUCACUCCGAUGCUGCUGCUGCGGCUUCUUUCAUACAAACUGUGUCACUACGGCCACAUUGUUGUGUCGGAAACAGAGAAGCCCAGGACGUCAGCAAGAGGAGAACGCGACGAGGACCGGGAAAUGACGUGAAUGCUGAGUCUCAAAGAGUUGCCAGCACCUAUAAUCAAACCAGUAUGCCGAGUCCACAUGAUAUUGAUCAUGACAACCAGGCUAAGCUGCUUAUGAAAGAACCUGCGGUGAACUGUUCAACCAACCCCCCUCCCACUGAUCUCCAACACCCCCUGGAGGAUAACCUGUUCCUCUCCCUUCAUCCACCUGUGUCCCACCCUUAAUCCCCCUCCCCCCCCCACGUUGACUUUCAAGAAAAACAGAGAUGGCGGUCUUGAGAGUGAAGUUCACCAAGACCAAGAGGGACAAGUUGGCCCAGGUGCUGUGGAUCCUCAACUGGAUCUCAGUGGUGACGGGAGCCAUCCUCUUCAGUCUGGGGCUUUUCCUCAAGGUGGAGAUCAACAAGCGAGUAGAGGUGAUGGCUGAGAGGGACAUCCAAUACAUGCCCAACAUGCUCAUCGCCGUGGGCCUCAUCGCCUGUGCCAUCAACUUCCUGGGUGGGAAGAUCUGCUACGACUGCGUGGACAGCACCAAGUUCUUGCGCUGGAAGCUGAUCAUGCUCCCCUACAUCAUAUGCACCUUCUUCUUCACCUUCUGCGUGCUGGUGGGCGCUCUGAUGUGCUACAGCAUGCGCGGGGAGCUGGAGGAGUCUCUGAACCUGGGCCUGACUGAGGCCAUGAAGUUCUACAAGGACACAGACACGCCGGGCAGAUGUUUCCUCAAGCGCACCGUGGACAUCCUGCAGAUAGAGUUCAAGUGCUGCGGCAACAGUGGCUACAGAGACUGGUUUCAAAUGCAGUGGAUCAGUAACCGCUACCUGGACAUGUCUCAGAAAGAGGUGGUGGACCGAUUAAGGAGUAACGUGGAGGGGAAGUACCUGAUGGACGCCGCCCCCUUCAGCUGCUGCAACGUCAACUCCCCGCGGCCCUGCAUCCAAAAGCAGAUCACCAACAACUCUGCCCACUUCAACUACGAGCACCAGACGGAGGAGCUGAACCUGUGGAUGAAAGGCUGUCGACAGGCGCUGCUGGAACACUACAACUACAUCAUGCAGUCCAUCGGCCUCGCCGUCCUCAUCACCUGGCUGUUUGAGCUGUCAGUGCUGACAGGAGUCCGUUACCUUCAAACGUCCCUGGAAAACGUGCUGCGGCAGGGAGAUCCCAACUCCGAGUCUGACGGCUGGCUGCUGGAAAACAGCUUCAUUGAAACAGCGCGCAUUAACCUGAACAUCAUCAAGAGUCUGGGCAAGAGUAACCAGAUAGACGAAGCCAACAAUGGAGACCCCAAUAUCAAUGUCCCGUCCACUUCCAAAGCACACUACGGGCCAGACAAUGUGCCACCAAAGCAGAUGAGUGAAUCCAGUUGAUCUCACAGCUGGCACAGAAGCCUCAGUGUGUCAGUAUAAUGUUGCUCACUGAGGCUUACACAGACGACUAAAAAUACAUGCAUACGUAAGCAGGCACAGCUGUUUGUGUGUGUGUGUGUGUGUGUUUUGCCUUUCUUAACUUUUUCCAAACACAAAACCAUACAUUCAUACAUUCUCGAUACAACCGAUCACCAUAAAUGUGCACAUUUUACAAUACAUGUACACAACUGUACUGUAAUCUGUUUACAAACGAUAUUUUACUGUUGCCUGUGUGCUGUCAAUUGAAAACGCAAUGUUUCAUACAACCUUUUUUGUUGCAGCACUGGAUUUCAAAAUGAAGUUGCAUUUAAGCUUGAAUUAAAGAAAGAACUCAGAGAAUGGAAGACGCCGCCAAGGUAAACUAUUGAAAAGACAAAUCUGGCCAGGUCACCACCAAAACCUGAUCAUUUCUACUAUGGGUCAUAACCUACAUCCUGUAAGUAAUGUUGUUCUUAGGCAGACAAAUACUGGCAAACACCUCCUUGACGUAGUUAAUUAAUGAUGUGGAGAAGUUUGAGCUGCCGUGUCUACAAACCUAGGGAGAGUUUAUUAUUAUUUUAUCUCAAGUUUCAAGCAUUUCACAUACACAAACAGAGCAUGGGCUGAUUUGGCCUCGAGUUAAAUACAGUAGUUGGAGCUGGAAGAUGUUUUGGAUGAUGGUGCCAUCUUCAUUAUCUAUUCUGUGCAUUUCCAUUAGCACAUGGGCGGGGUUUAGUUGCAGUAGGUUAGCAAACAAAGGUCCACCAAGGGUAGAAAAUGAUAUAAUACACUGAUAAUAAUUCAUAAAUGUAGUAUUUUCAACAUUUACACAUAAAAACAGACACAGAUCCAUGAGUAACUGAGUCUAUGGGCUGGUUGAGCCACCGUGUGCCUCAGCAAUGAUCUUAUUUGUCCUGGCUUCAACAUGCGUUCACCUUCAUCCACUCUAAUAUCUUUUGUUUAUUUGCUGAUGGCUUUGUCUCACAGGAAAGAAAGAACAUGAGGUUGCUUUAUGUGAUGUGAACAAUUACACAAUUUGUGAAAUGGCCUCUGCUGCCUCAUGUUUAAUAAG